GAGCUUGUAAACAACCGAACACAGGUUGUGUCGCCCGUGGAUUUCCCUCCACCGUGAAACAUGACGAAGAUCGAGAUGCUGCGGCUGCUCAUCACCCAGCGGCUCACCGCGGCCGCAGAGGAGAUCUUCGGGGUGUUCGGCAGAGCCAUGGCCGAGUACGAGGAGGAGAUCUCCCGCUCCAAACUGGAGAUAGACCGGCAGAGGAGGCUCCUGGAGCUCAGCGUCAGGCCCACGAUCUCCGUCCAGGUCAGCAGCACAGGUCUGUCUGAGCAGCAGGACUGGACAUCUGCCGUGGACGUGACAGAAGCCCCGCCUCCAGGCAUCAAAGAGGAGGACGAGGACGAGGAGGAGGGGCUGUGGUUGCAGCGGGACCAGACUCCGGAACCCAAAGACCAGUUUGUCCUAAACCGGAACAACGAGGACCACAUGAGCGGCUCUGAGCCUGGGACCUCCAUCCUGCGGUCCUGCUCGGACCCCAACGAGGACGGACUCAAAGACCCUGACCUGGUUUGCUCAGGUAACGGUCUGUUGGACGGCGUCGACCCGGAGGCCCCGGUGUCGGAGGUGGUGGACUCGUACAUCUGCACCAUCUGCGGGCGUGCGUUCGCUCAGCGCAGCCACUGGGCCAAGCACGUGCAGGUUCACCGCAAAGCCGACGCUAAAGCCGACAAGUCGUUCGUGUGCGACAUCUGCGGGAAGAGACUGACGCGGUUCGACGGGUACCAGAAGCACCUGAGGGUCCACACGGGGGAGAAACCCUACACCUGCCACGAGUGCGGACGCAGAUUCAGCGACAACUCCAACUACAAACGACACAUUCGCACACACACGGGACAGAAAACCCAGAGCUGAGACUGUGGGGCUGAGGGUGGGACCAGGACCAGGACCAGGACCAGGACCGGAACAAGACUGUCACAGCUUCUGUCAAACGAAGCUUUAUGCACAUAAACAGAGGCUAAAACUCAGAUGCACUACAUGGACAAAAGUAUGUGGACAGUUGACUUCAGGUGUUUGUUUUCUAACGGGUCUGGGAUAAAAACAAUAAUGACUAAUGUCAGAAUAGAGUUUUAUGGUUUUAAUGGUUUUACUCCGAACACCACCGCUGGAUCUCUUUGGUGUUUUGGUGAUAAGUAGGACAGGUUUGGUUGGAUUUCUUCUCCCUUGGUAACCAACAUAUCGUCAGCGUCCUGAUAAAACCUGCUAAGUGACAUUUUUGGUUGGGAAUAAAACCUGCUAUCUCCUCUAUUUAGCUUCAAAUUUCUCCUGUGAAAGUUGUUUCCAUUCCAUCAUAAGUACCAACACUAAAGGAACAGAUAUUUUUUUGUCAUUUUUCACAGUCUCCUGUCAUAUCAACAGUUUUUUCUUUCUCCUGUAAAAUUUACCAAAAGUCACACAGCAGGUUUUAUCAGGAAGCUGACGAUAUGUCACGUUUCCACUACAUGGUACCAACUCAACUCGACU